AUGGAGGUGACCACCGUGUUCCCAUCUCCUGCCUCACCCACUGAAGGAGAUGAUCUGUGUGAGACAGAUGUCACCAGUGUGGCCAUACACAGUGUGACGCUGCUCUUCUGCCUCUGUGGGCUGUUUGGGAACGGGGCUGUCAUCAGCCUCCUCAACCUGAAAAGCCAUACCUCUAGCUUCUUUGACCUGGCUGUCAUUGACUCCCUCUACCUCCUCUUUGCAGUCCCCACUGCCCUCCUCUUCCUGGUGGAGGACAUGUCCUGCUCUCCUAUCCUGCCCCUGCUGUACCUGAAUUUCCUUUUCCACCUGUCAGUGGUCUCCUACUACUGGGGACUGUUCUGGCUGAUGCGCAGCAGCGAUCCGUGGUAUAUAUACAUGCCCUACUGGUUCUGCUGCUGCUUUGACCUUCCUGAGCGCCUGGUGUGGGUGGUGGACAGUGUCCAAUCCUGGGCCUUCUUUGCUGUCUUUGCUGUCACUCCUGCAGUGACAUUCCUGUGCCCAUCACACGAGCAGGAGCACUGCCGGGCAGCUCUCAUCUCCAUGAACACCAUCAUGCUGCUCCUCUUUGUUGUACCUGUGGUCAUUUCUGGCACAGUUGAUUUCAUUAAGUUCAAGCGGGCCUCCCUGCAGCAGCAACCCCAGAGGCGCGACAUCGUUAUCAUCGUCAUCGUGCUCUUCACUCUCCUCCUCAACAUCUGGAAGUUCCUGCAGGAUUUUGGUUACCUCACUGUGCCCUCUCAGGUUGUUUUCCUGCUCGCCUGCAUCCACAGCAGCAUCAAACCCUUCAUCUACUUCUUGGUGGCAGGGUGCAGGAGGCCCUGCUCCAUGGGGUCCCUCCGGCUCUCCCUCCAGAGUGUCUUUGAGGAGCAGAAAAAAAAACCUACACGCAGAAAUGAUGCCACCAGGGACAUGGAGCUGUGA